AUUUUCGGUAUCAGGAAAAAAAAAACGAGAAGUAAUCACCAGUGUUUCCCGCCUUUGGAAGACGCAGCAGCAUUUUAGUUUCUGGAUUUCUCCAUUCCUUUUCAGUUCCGUUCUGCCUCCCUCGAAAAAUUUAGGGUUCCCGAAUUGCCGUCGGUGAUGUCGGAGCUGAGCUGGAGACACCAGACCCUCAUUCAAGCUUUGUUAUCACGUGGCCCUCUCAAGGACGAUGAGUUCCAUUCCAUCUUCACCGCCCUCACUGGCAAAAACUCAGGUGCUCAUAAACGGCUAUUUGAUGAAUACCUCCUGAAGAUAAAUAAGUCACUUUCUUAUGUUCAGUGUGAGUUACGGGGCUUCCGAAACCAAUACGAUGGACAGAUUUACUAUGGGGUGGUCAAUAAUAUUUCUGACGAACAGUCCAAGCUGGGAACGAAAUAUUCGGUUCCCCAGAUUGCUUUCUUCAAGGCAAUUAUAGAAGCAAUUCUGCAAGAUGCCGCAGCGGAAGGUAGCAUAUCUGACAUCGAUGUCCUUAAUAUACGGUUGGAGACUCAGGUUUUGACUGGCACAGGAUCGCAAUCACAGGGCGGUCCAACUCAAGUCCCUCCUGCACUUAAGAAUUUCUCAAUAUCUCAGAAGCAAAAAGCUCUGGAUGAACUUGUGCGGGAUCAGUGGCUUACUCGUACCCCUGAUGGUAACAUCGGACUUGGUGUCAGAUCCUUUCUUGAUCUGCGCAGCUAUUUCCGUAAUAACGAUAUUCCUCCAUGUCAAGUAUGCAACGAAGCUGGAGUGAAGGCAGAGUUGUGCCAGAAUGAAUCUUGUACAGUCCGAGUUCACAAGUACUGCCUAAAGAAGUUAUUUUCUCAAAGAAAGGGUGAAAGAGUUUGUCCAAGUUGCGGGACUCAAUGGCAUUAUGUAGCACCUAAACCGGAGCUCAUAGAGGAAGAGAACGAGGCAGAAGCACCCACCCAGAGCCAGCCACCGUCAGGAUCUAAAAGAAAGAGGCUUGAAAGCAGCAAGCCCGGCGAUGCAAAUGCAGUUCGAACGGGUCCCUCUCAAGCUUCUAGACCUACUUCUGAUCUGAGAAGAACAACCCGAAGUACCACCCGUUCAAAGUAAGCGUCAUGCUCCCUUCAUUAAGGGACAACUGGAAAUAUGCUGUAUAGUUUUGCUUUGAAACAGCUGAGAUACGCUGCGUGGAGUGAGUGGUUGCGACUGGAAUAUAUGGUGGAAUGCUUCACAAGUCUCUGUUUUUUGAUAUCCCAAGUAUUCCGCAACGAACUGUGAUACCAUAUUAGAUUUUUUCUGAGUAGCCUGAAAACAGCUGGACGAAUUUAUGUAUAAUAUUUGAUUCUCCGUUCAUUUCCUACCAACAAUGUAAACUCUCAUUCCUUUUCCUCGGCUUGGAAUGCCAACUGGAUCCCGUUUAACUUA